GCCAUCAACAUAACGACAACGACUGAUAUUCUUAAACCAGGCAACUUGACUUUGUAUUUUUCACAAAAUGCGACCAAUCCGUAUGUGGUUCAGUGCUACAAUGCUUCAAGUGACCUUGGAGGAGUAGAAAACAUAUGCCAAAACUUCAUCAGAUGUCGAGAUAUUCGGAUCUUGUCUCACUUAGUAAAAACCAGCGGAGACGAAAGCGUUGAGAUA